AGUGCGCCAGCCUGGUCUCUAUAUUCAAGUUUCCUCUCCUUAAUGACUUCUCCCACGCUUCUGGCGUGGGAGUGGUCUGCAAGAGCUCAUCAGGGGGCGGGUUGUUGGAGCAACCCUAUAACAUCUGGUCAUGUCCUGCCUGUGUCAGCUAGGCCACAGUAAAUACAUUUAUGCCACUUCUCGUUUUUCGUAAUUGUGGCCAGCGUUUUCGUGUUGAGUAUGCAAUGUGUUUGAGCCCUCGCCGACGUUGUUGCUUCGGCCCGGGUUAAUGUGGGACAGAACUACUUGUACAACGUGAGAGCCAAGCGGGCCGCCUGUUGAAGAAGCCGGCAGGGAGAAGCGUUGGCGCUUCCUGCGCCUUCUCAGAGAUGGCGCUCGGGCGAGCCGGCGCCGCUCGAGUCUCGGCUCGAGCUUCUCUCGACGCGGGCGAGACGUGGCUGAUUGCGCCGGCGUGCAGUGAUGGCCGCGACGCCGAAAGCGACGGCAGUGCCAUCGGUGACGACGACAGCGGCUUCGGGGAUGCCCCGGGACGCCCAUGUGACGUACAGUGCGGGCGCAAAGUCGCAACACCCUUGCUGACCGUCGGCCGCGAGCGACCGAAGCCUUCGUCUCUCGAGUCGAGCUGCGGGAAAACUCCGCCGGCCUCUGUCCCACACAUAAAGAAGGUGGAUCCACCGAGGUUCGAUCCGAGCGCACUACUGGGAAGCCGAACCUCUGCAUCCGUCGUCGUAGUCUCUGCUCUCCCGCCUCCGAGGCAGUGAUGGAGGAGUGGCGCAGAAAUCGGUGAAGCUAUAGCGACCUUGCUUCGUCGUCUUCGUCGUCGGUUCCCUCCCCAUGUCGACGGUACCAAUGGCACGGACGAUAAUGGGAGAUUGAGGGCUCUUCCCGAAUCUCGUACUUUGUGACUGACAGCGGCGUGGAUAGGACGGCGCCGCCGCUGCAUUGCCCCGCGACCGGAACGCGACGGCCCGAUAUCUGAUCGUGCGUUCUUUCUCGGCCCGCGUCGAUCGUUUGUCAAAACCGGUGAGGGUCAUCAGCGUGCCCUUUCCAGUAUCCCGAGUGCCCACCCGUAAAGCGAUUGUGCUGUGCGGUCGCCGUAGGGCUGUGCCGAUGUUCGCUUGAGGUGUGAAUGACGGAGUGUCUCGUGGGUCAUCAGCGGUGUGUUGCCGGUGAAAGUUGGUAUAUUCCGCUGCAUUUAACGGAAUAAAGGAAGUUGGUGUUCGGCGAACUUUUCCAGCUGACAUCGAAGAAAGAACCGUCGUUUUCCCUAUUUAACUGGAUUUGUUUUGUGGCUGCAGACUGAUCUAACAUCUAGCCGCCCGUGGCAAGGAGUCCUCCGCCACCAUCGCCAUUUGCGGGCGUCCCAGGACAGCACGGCGUGAGUCGCCCCAUGCUCACCGCGGAUGACCGGCCCGAGGCCAGCGCUGCCGGCCACCACGCUCGCCAGAGGGCGACGCCCACACAUGGCCCUGCUGAGAGCCGCGGCGAAAAAGGUGCUGUGGGGAGAGCUGCUUCAGCUGCUACUGCUGCUAUGGUACCAAGCGGUGCAAGUUGUACCAGUUACAGGACUCAGUGCUCAUUGCCGAUGCGUGACGUUCGACGACAUGUAUGGAAAGGAGUACGGUGUGUUCACCUCUCCAAACUACCCAGUGCCGUACGAGGAGAACAUCGAGUGUGUUUUGUUUCGUUUCAUUGGAAAUCCCGACCAGAUCGUGCGCAUAUCAUUCGAAGAGUUCGACGUGCAACGAAGCAACCUCGAGUGUGUGUACGGUGACUACGUGAAGCUGUUUCUGCACCUGGACAAAGAAGAGGCGGUGAACAAUCGGAGCCCGUACAACUCAAUCCUGUGCGGCAAGAUCAACGACAUCGAGCAGACCCACUACUCCUCGGGGCACGCGCUCAUCUUCGAGUUCCACUCCGACUGGCGCCAGGGUAACAACUCUGGCUUCCGCGGAACGUACAGAUUCCUCAGCAAACGCCAGUUCGAGACCGAUGGCCAGGCCGUUGCCGACAGCCGCUGCAGUUUCCUCAUGGAGAGCGGCAACCGCAGUUCGGGUCGCUUCUUCUCGCCGCAGUACCCGAGCUCGUACCCGCGGGACAUCAAGUGCGCCUACAGCUUCCUGGGGCGAGAGAACGAACGUGUCAAGGUGCUCUUCGAGCAAGUGCGCCUGCAGCGUGGAGACUUCAGCUGCUUCAACAGUCCGGACGUGAUCCUGGUGCACGACGGACGGGACGGCAGUGCUCCCGUCAUCGGACAGCUCUGCAAUCACAACGUCUGGGUCGAGAUGAUGUCCACGGGACCCGACUUGUACGUGACCUUCAGCGCGCAGAGCCACUUUCCGGGGCGCGGCUUCAUGGCCAAGUACACCUUCUCCGAGACUCCCUACAACGGCACGCUUGACCAGCUCGUCUCCAUCGAGCCUCAAAAGACCCUGGACGGCGGCGCCUUCAACAAACAAGGCAACGGCAGCUGUGACCAGGUGAUCAUGAGUAACAGCUCCAAGAACGGCACCAUCACGAGCCCCAACUACCCGAACCCAUACCCACCCAACACGCGCUGCAACUAUCACUUCCAAGGGGAAGGCAAAGAGCGCGUCCAGAUCAAGUUCACCGACUUUGACCUCUACAUGCCUCACGAGGGCAUCAAGGAGUGCGAAAACGUGGACUCCGUGAUCGGCUUCAUCACCAUCAAGGGACAGCGCGAGCGGCUGGACAACUUCUGCGGCUCGCAGCUGCCCAACCAGAUCAUGUCCAACGAGCACCGCAUGACUGUCAUCUUCCAGAGCUUCGGCAGCAGGCCGCCCAGCGUCAAGGGAUUCCGGGCCAUCUACCAGUUUGUCACCAAUUUUGGCAUUCCUUCCGGUCGUCAGGACCCACAGGGCGUGUGCACCUUCAUCUACAACAGCUCGGAGGUGUCCAAUGGCACGUUCUCGACGCCCAACUACCCGGGCGUCUACCCACGGGACACCGAGUGCCACUACCUCUUCUACGGCAAGAGCAACGAGAAGAUCUACAUCGAGUUCGCGUACUUUGACGUCGAAGGCGUGCCCCCGUGCCUCUCGGACACGGCGAGCGACUACGUGGAGUUCUCCAACUUCCGCACGGUGGACCGCAAGAUCCCGCGCCACUGCGGCAACCUGCGACCGACAAAGAUCGAGUCCGACGCCGACUUCUUCCGCGUCUCGUUCAAGUCCAACGACAAGUUCGACGGCACCGGAUUCGAGGCCUUCUACCAGUUCAGAAACAACCCCGACCCUUUCACCGUUCGACAAGUCUCUGCUGUGCAUAACAAGCAGAAUGCGCACAGAUUUUCGCCCGCAACUGCCCUGCUGUCUCUGGCCCUCCUGUGGCUCCUGGUGGCCGACCACUGAGGCGACAGGCGCAGUAAUCUUUUUUUCCACUUCACCCAACGCCGCUCACUCGUCGACUUCAAGUAACCCCCCCAUCUCUGUACGUUCUCGAUGUGUUCUUGCUGUCACCUAAGAAGAUGAAGCAAAAGAAGCGACAAACAACGGAGAAAGCACAAAGACAUCGACACGCUUCACACCUUGCGCUCCCGCGCCUCGGCAGGUGCUCCAAAGCUCGACCGUCUUCCUCGGAGAAGUGGACGAAGCUCGUGCUGUGUUAGCGCGUGUGCACGCGUGUUCGAAGUACCCGCUGUGUGAGAGGGCGGUGCCUGCGGUCCGCCGUACGACGGAAAUCCAACGCACACAGACUGUCGUUGACGGACUUCACGCCGAUUUCAUUCGAUCCUCCCGACGUCUCCCUCACCCCGCUUCACUGUGACUUGUAUUUCUUCUUUCCCCCCUUUCUGCGCCUCCCUGCUUGUUAUUCACGUGCGGUGGUGCAAACAGCGUGCGACGCUCGACGUCGGGUUUACGCUGUUAUGUGAGUGUACGUUUAUGUGCGCGUGCGUGUUCGUGUGUGCGUGCGUGCGUGUGUGUGGCAGGUCAUUCGAGCGCUCCUCUCACCCGCGGAAAACCGAAGGACUCUUUGCCAAAGAACCUCGAAGAAGACGCUUUCUGCACUUCAGCGCGCCAGCGGGAGAGGACCGCGUGGUGAAAACAGAGCAACGUGAAACACGGAACCAAACAAAAAGAAAAAAAGAGACAAUAAUGAUGACGAUAUGUCAUCCGGUGCACUUUCAUUGUCUCUCUCUCGAGGAAUAAAACGACGACAGAGUAUAGGCGCGGUCACCGCGAAGUGCGCUGUUCUCGAAACGAGGGCAACGACCCCAUCUACAAUAUGUCACCCACCCACCCCACCUCAUGUUUGAGCUCCGUGUCAUAAGCUUGCGUUGUUGUUGUUUCGUUUUGUUUUGUUUUGUUUUUUCUUUACCUCGAACGUCCCGACAUUGUUUAGGCCACGUAAACGCAUGGGCGAUGGGACGCCGUUCGUCAAAAUGCGAACGAGUUUGGCCCCAAAAGCCGUUGGCGUUAGUCGUCCUUGCCCGGCCUAUAAUGAAAACGAAUCGGGAGAUGGGAAGCGUGUUUUCAAGUAGGUGUAGAUGGUGUUGAUAAAGAUGUAAAUCAGCUUUUAUCUUAUCUCAGACGUCAGAAGCCUACCGAGUCACUUACGUGCGCGACGUUAAAACGGCGUGUCCAUAAUAAGUGUUGGUUUUCUGUGCGCGGCAGUUCAUGAAAGGAAAAUAUCGCCAUCCAUCUCUGGGUAGCUCGAGACUACAAAGGAAACUCAUACGGGCAUCCCCAUCGAAGAAGAAUUUGUCUCAUCCGGGUAUCGAACGUUAACUAGGGCUUUCAAGGACUUUCAAAGGCUUCCACUCUAUCAUAUGAGCUCACCCGGGAGAGCUGUAGCUGGCAGUGCGAAUACUAAUCAGUUGAAAGCUCGAGGUGCAGGAAUUAUCCUCGAAACUUCUAAAGAAAAUGCAAAUCGUGCCCGUUGUGACUUGUCACUAAAGAAAAAGUCAGUGGCGGCUUAGCAAUAAAUGCGAGAGAAAUGCGUUAGCGUUACGUCGCACUUCUUUGAGGUGCCGGAUCCAUGAUCGAAACUUCGUUCACCUUAUUGCAAAGUUUUGUUCAAAAGCUCACUCGAUACACGUCCUGCUUCUUUGAUCUUUGAGCAGCGAAGUGCAACUGACAUAUAUAUAUAUAUAUACUCUUUCAAACACACAUACACGCUCUUUUAAGCGCUACCAUGUGACCGACUUCCCACACUUCAAACAGGCACACUUUUCACUACUUUGACACUCUUAACGCAUUAAAAUCUUGUCUUGGCUAAAUCUUGGCUUGGAUAAAAUCUUGGCUUGUCGCGCUCACUUCCAUUAGUUACCACAGCACUGCCGAUAUACUUUUAGCUUGCGAAUCACACGCGCGUUAGAGCUCAACAAUGCAUUCCCGACUUUCGUAACAGCAAUGUAUGGAGAACGCAACGCUUAAAGAAAAUAAACGCGCGCUAGGUAGACACUUGUAUUGUUUGGGGACACGGUAAGCCGCAAUGAGUGUAAAAACGCUUGUUCUGUUCCUUUUUUUCUUUUUUUUAGAAUCUAGGGACUUUCAUACUGUCAAUGAAUUCGACCUCGAGCUGCCAUCCGCUAGCUUCCUGGCCAGCUUGUAUAACAGAACGACCGCAACCAAAAAGGCUUUGGUCAUUGGUUCGACUACCGGACGAGACAAAUCUUUCUUCGCUUUUGAAGCUUUCUUUCUACGUGACCCACAUUGGGGUUUGCCCUGUAGCGCAGUGCUAUUUCCGGAUGGAUGAGACUGCUUUCCGUGAAACUUCCAUCAUUUUGCGGAUUUACACAGAACGGAUUUGCUGCAGUUUUCGUUCUGCGGUUAGUGCUCAACCCCUUCAUUGGCUGAAGACAGGCUUAUUUUAAAUCAAUAUAACUGGCUCUUUGUAUCUGUCUUGCUUAAUUGGCACUGAAGGAGGAGGACGAGUGCCUUUACCCGGAUUAUUUUCUUUUCCUUCACAUUUGAACCUUAAAAUCCGUGGCGAGAUUUCAUUUUUAUUCUUUCUAGCCACGAAGCAGGGAAAUCUUUGUAGACUGAUCGUUAGUUUUUUUUUUUCCAUUGACUAAGUUUUCAUGUAGAUGCCCACGACAGCGCUCAGUAGCACUGCGAAUUAAUACUCAUUUGGUUUCUCAAACACCUUUGUGUAUACAUAUAUAUAUAUUUCUUGCAUCGCACGCACAAACCGAAGCUUUACCCACGCGUUCUACUACUCGCAUUAGGUUAUUUCGUUGCAUUGUGUGAAGUUGAUUCGCUUCUGCUUUUGUUCGGACUGCUCUUAGAUGAAGUUGAUGCGCACGAUAAGAGCAAGAACAAGACAAUGUAAACACAAGAAGUUAAAGAGUGCAAUGUUGUUUUUAUUUUGUCUGAUUCCAUCUAUGAACAAUAAAAAUUACUAUCUUGAAAA